GAUUUGAAAGCAUCAUCAAAACUUGGUUUUUUUAUGUACAAAAUAAGAUACAGCCUUAUGGGUUAGCUUAUGCCAAGUGGCACGGUUGAAGCCGAUGGAACCAAUUCAUGCUGUUUAAAGAGAGAAAAUAAAAGUUCAACAUAUAAAAGACGACCCUGAACUAACUCAGGUAUGAACAAAUAAAAUAAUACCGUGUUCAUGGCUGUUCACUGCACCACAUUUCGCUUCUCCAUCAAACCGUGCAGAACGAGAACUACACUUUCGUCUCCAUUGUCAACAGCCCGCUUGACUUCAGUUUCUCACAAUCCAAACCACAUCAAUCCCUUUGCGCUCAAGCUCUCAACUCCCAGGUUAAGUAAGGUUGUUUCUGCUGUAACUUCUGAAGAGAAUGCAGUCGGUUCAAUUGACUCUGGCACUGAUGUGUUUAAACUCACUUACUUAGAGGGAAAUAGUUGGUUGUGGGACGUGAGUGGGUUGACAAUUUUGGUUGAUCCAAUCUUGGUGGGCAACUUGGAUUUUGGAAUUCCUUGGCUUUAUGAUGCUGCCAAGAAAUUUUUGAAGAACUUCCAGCUUAGUGAUCUUCCAGAAGUUGACUGUUUAUUGAUUACACAAAGCCUUGAUGAUCACUGCCACUUAAAGACCUUAGAGCCACUCUCUAAAAUGUCACCAGAUCUUAAGGUUAUUGCUACUCCCAAUGCCAAGCCGUUGCUGGAUCCCCUCUUUAGAAAUGUUACAUAUCUAGAACCUGGUCAGAGCACUAAAGUUGAAGCAAGAAAUGGUUCCAAUGUCAAACUGAAGGCCACCGCCGGGCCAGUUCUAGGGCCUCCUUGGCAACGACCUGAGAAUGGGUAUCUUGUCAAUUCUCCUCAGGGUCAACUGACUCUUUACUAUGAACCCCACUGCAUAUAUGAUAAAAAUUUUCUGGAGAAGGAAUGUGCUGACAUUGUUAUCAGCCCUGUAAUAAAGCAGCUACUUCCUAAAUUUACUUUGGUUUCAGGACAAGAAGACGCUGUUCUCCUUGCUACGUUGCUGAAUGCCAAGUUUAUUGUGCCGAUGAAAAAUGGAGAUCUCGACAGCAAAGGAUUUCUUGCAAGUAUUUUACAGACUGAAGGAACAGUUGAAUCAUUCAAGGAGCUUUUGUCAAGGGAACUACCUGACACUAAGGUUCUAGAGCCCACCCCUGGUGUGCCGCUGGAGAUUUCAGCACCUUCAAAUGUUGUGUAGGGCAUCUUUAUGCGACAAGGCAGAUAAACCCGGAGGAAAAUAGUUGACCUACGUGAUCAAACAUGUUAUUUAUGAGUGGAACAAAUCUUCUUAUCACCAAAGUUGAGAUAGGUCAUUGGAAUAUUCUCACAUUUACAUUGUGAUAACAUUUUUAAUGAUCAAAUAAACCAAGAAACAAAUUUUUACAUUA